GGCCAACGGCUGGAGAUGCCCUCGUUCCUGCAUAGGCCGAGAAAAAACUCACCGCAGCUAGCCCCUACCGCCGAGACACAUCGAGCCAGCCGCUCGCUUCCCAUCCCGACCUCCCGUCUCCCCGCUCGCCGGACGCCCAGAGCCGCAGCCUCUCCGUCCCGCCCGCUCGGCGUUUGGGGCUCGGCAGCAGCCGCGCCACCGCAACUGUGCGGGCCGUGCCCCUGCCUCUGGCCGCCAGGCGCCCCUGCAAGCCGGCGCACGCCGCCCACUCCGCACACCGGCUCUCGGCCGGCAGGCAGCAGCAAGCCAGCAACCAUCCUUAUUGAUUUGAGAUCUGCCACUGUCGUCACUCCUCUUCACCACUCAGACCCAGCAUAGCAGCAAGGAAGCGGACGGGAGGGUGAUGGGAAGCAACAACCCCGGCGGCGCAGGCGGAGGGAUGGCUCCGGGCAUGGGAGCGGGCAGCAGCGACGGGCGGCACGAUGACGAGGCCGUACUCACUGAGUUCCUCUCCUCCCUCAUGGACUACAACCCCAUGAUUCCGGACGAGCUCGUGGAGCACUACCUCGGCCGCAGCGGCUUCCACUGCCCUGACCUACGCCUUACAAGGUUGGUUGCUAUAGCUACUCAAAAGUUCAUUUCAGACGUCGCAAGUGACUCCCUUCAGCAUUGCAAAGCCAGGGUUGCAGCACCUAUCAAAGACAACAAGAGCAAACAACCGAAGGAUAGACGUCUUGUAUUGACAAUGGAUGAUCUUUCAAAAGCCCUGCGUGAGCAUGGUGUUAACCUGAAACAUCCGGAGUAUUUUGCGGACAGCCCAUCAGCAGGGAUGGGCCCUUCAACAAGAGAGGAAUAGAAUCAAUCACUUCCCGUACCAGGACAUGCCCUUACAACUUUAUGUACCGUUGCAGCCAUCGUGUAUUAUGGACCAGCAGUGUGUGGUUGCCACCAUUUUGAUGCGUAUGUAUAGUAUUGCUGAUCAUGUUCUCCAAGUCACCACCUAUGUUGGAUUUGAUUGCAUCUUGAAACUGUCGAUUACAUGAAAUUGGCUUUGUGU